UUGGUCUGUGGGCGGAGUCAUAAGAGUGUUCAAUUUAGUGAAGCGUCCAGGCGAACGUUCUGAUCACAUUGCCUCCAAGUUAAUACUCCGCCUGCACUAACGUGUACCCCAGCAGGUGGAUGUGUGCACGCCGAGUUCAGAUGGAGGCCGCCCUUCUGAAGCCCAACAUCGUUCCGGGGGUGGACUGCAACAGCAACCCGGUGAGCGGCGAUCUGCAGGUGAGGAGGCUGCAGGAGCUUGUGCUCAGGCUGGAGUUCCACAACGAGCAGCUCCGCACGAGGGCCGGCGCGGGGCGUCAUUGCUGCCCGCUGGCUUCCCCGCUGGCCUCCCGGAUGCCACAAGAGGACGCCGGCGUGGAUCUCCAACAGCCUGACGGAUCCGUGCUGUCGGUUCUAGACGAGGUGGAGCUGCUGGACGUGGACCUUGACUGCUCAGAUGAAACAUGGUUGUACAUGUCCACCAAAGCCUCAAAGGUGGAGAGCACCAUAACCCCCCUUCAGUGGUGCCGGCAAGUGCUGGAUGAUCCGGAAUGGGAGGUGAUAAAGCGUUCUAUGCGCUUCAGGCUGAAGUCAGCUUCCUGCUGGUGCAGAUCAUUAUCCAGCCCUGUCUCGUCCCCCCCACCUCCGAGUAGAGUUGGAGGUGUAUCCCCCAUUGGCACUCCCUGCGCUCCCGUUAGUUCCUCUGAGACUCAUGCGUCGUCACUCCGCCAUCAUCAGAGUUCUGUGAGUAAGGCAAGGAUUCCGACCUUCAUUCCCCACCUCGCCCGUGGCAGCAGCCUGCGGCACCGUAGCCCUCGGCCACGCGUGGACAGUGACAUCAUCUCCCCAAGAGUGGAUGAGGACGAGUCGGUCACCCAUGACUACAAACUGCAGGACCUAAUCGACGUGCAGGUGGUAGCGCGGCUGCAGGAGGAGAGACUCAGGCAGGACUACGCCAGCAUGUCCUGGCCAAACCUGGCCAACCGACGCAGCCAGAGCGUCACCUUCCCACUCAGCGCACGCUCCGACCCGGAGGAGGGAAACGAGGGGGCCGACGAAGACUUCGGUCCCCUGCCAGCUCAGCUCCACGUCUCCCCGCCGUCUCACGGCCACACCUUCUUCAGCGGCCGAGACUGGCGAGGAAGCAGCAGCUUCCUGUCCACCCCUCCUUCCGCGCUGCCUCGCCCAUCCGCUGGGUUCGCCUACCACACGCCGCCUCGGCGACGUCCGCCACCGGGAGCAGAUCAUAUGCGAAGGAGCUUGCCUAACCUCGCUGGAGCUCCCAGUAAUCCCAGCGUUCCCAGUGCUUGCUUGCUUCAUAACAGCCAAAGCUUUGAUUCCCCGGGUGGCGUGACUCGCCGGCAGUCUUCUAUGGCUUCCCCCAGCUUGCUGCAAACCAAGGUCCAGGGUGCGGGGGAUGUGCCCACCGCCUUUGUCAGCCCCACCAUCAAGGGCUCGGCCUCGCUGCCGAUGUCGUCGUUGCUGGGCGGCAGGAGUGGGAUCCCUCUGCUAAGUAAAUCAUCCUCCUAUGUGUCAACAUCACUUCACAGCGUCCUGUCGCCGCCUACCUACUGCAAUGAGACCGCAAGCCCCACCUCUAUCGCCAAGGUGGCCCGAUCAGCGUGCAGUUUACUGACACCCCCAAGGAGCUUGUCGGCCUUCUGCAACCUCCAUGACCGCGCCUGGAGGGACAGCCGCUAUUGACUGAAUUUGAAAGCGCUGAUCAGAAACGUCAUUUAAACUGUUUUCAGUUUGUGCCAAAGGGGUUUUGUCGCUGCUGCUUUUGUGCAAAGAAACUUUUAAAUGACCGACUAUUUAUAUUAAAGCGUAAUGACUAUAUUUAGCCCUUUUUGCAACAUGUGCCAUGCAAAAGCUAAAGGGAAUGUAUUUGCAUCACUUAUAGCACAAGGGAAUGGUAAUAAAUUACCUUUUUAUUUUACCUUUUCCACUCUGGUUUGAUGAAACACUAUUUUGUAAUGUUGCACGUUAGAAUGGAGAUAUCGUCCUGUCGGUUUGCUAUAGAUUACACUUCAUGUCACAGUAAUGUAACACCUUUUUUUGUCAAUGAUGCACACUGCACUUGUCUAUGUUGGACUAACAGAUCAAAAUCGUUUUAUUAAAAGAAUUUUAAAUGUGCAUGACUUUUUUUU